UCCGUGUGUGUGUGUCCGUGUGUGUGAGGGAUUGUUUUCUGUAGAUAUCUGAUCUGCGUAUUCGGAGCAACAGAGGAAGAAGCCUUCAGUGCACACAUAUGGAUUAAUAGCAGUGAUCAUAUAUACAACCUCCAUGACACGCUUCAAGGACUUUUGUACAACGAGAACAUGUGAACUUCACGCUGUUGUGGUUGGCCUACCAACAAUCUCGCUUCGAUGAUUUCAGUGACCCUCUUUCUCGUCUUCAUCGCAGGAUUGUGGAUUAAUAAGCCGCCCAAACUAAAGUCAAUGAGAACUGGAAGAUGUGCUUGUAACACUCUGUGCUUUGAGAAUCACAUGGAAUGUCAUUGGAACUCAGAGGUUUGGAAUUCUAUCUUAAUUCUGAGCUGUCUAAGUGCUCUGUUGCCCUUGACUGAAGGUCAAGCAGGACAUACAGAUCAGGGACUGGAAGAUCUUCUCAGUAAACUGACGACACAUGAGGAAUUAUUCACAAGCUCUACAGCACACUUGUACACGCCAAAGAUAGAAGAUAUUAAAAAUUGCACAUUUAAGUUUGUUGACUGUUUUCUAAUGGAAAUGAAAGUUGUCUUGUAUGAAGAAGGCUCAGGAGAAGACUCACCAGAGGUGGUGAUGGUAGAAAGAACCUUACAGCACUACAGCCAAAACAAUUGUUCAGCGCGACAUCCCUGUGAACUGCAAGAGCUCACCAACUCCACUGUGUUCUUUUACAGGAUGAAGAGCUUUCUGCAAAAACUUAUAAAUUAUUGCGGAAUAGAAAACAAAGCAACGUGUGAUUAAAAUCACUAUUUCACCGAUAACAUACACAAUAAGCUCACUUAUAUAUUAUCAUCCUAAAUUAAGCUAGUGUCUUUUAUUUUGUACUAUUAAUAUUUAUAUCUCUUCUCUCUGAAUGUGUGACUUAAUACUGUAAGAAUGAUAUAUUUUUGUAACAAAAACAAUGGGGUUUCGUGACUGAUUGUUCUGUGAAUGUCCUUCAAAAUGUACAGAUGAACAAAUACCUUAAAUUGUGAAAUAUGUUUUUAUAUGUCGUUUUUUAUGUAUUGUUACAUUAAAGCAUUUUUUAACAGAAA